GUAGGGGAGGCUUGCACCGACAUGAAGCAUGAGUAUGACUAGUUCUUCAAUCACUUGUUUGCCAGGUUCCUCAAGGGGGAUGGCUCUGGGGACCCAGGCACCUACCUCUUCAAGCACUACCAGCAGUGUGUUCAGAAAGCAAUAAAGGAGAAGGAGGUUCCUAUUGAAGGACUGGAGUUCAUGGACCAUGGCAAAGAAAAGCCUGAAAGCUCUUUUGAUCCUGACAGUCACCUUGAAAAUGGACUCCUCAAAUCAGGAAAUUGA